AUGACUACCUUGGAUGAUCCAAUUAAAAAGAGAGGAGGGCUUCGAGAAUUUGUGAGGACCGAGCCAAGUUGGGAAGUCCGUCUGGGAGACAGGUGGGAAUUUCAGGGUCGCAUCCGCACAAGUGAUAGAGCAUAUAUUGCGCAUUUCAAAUACGAAGACAGGGAAGGUGAAGAUAACGAUCCCCCUCACACCAAAGAUAUAGUUGCCAAGAUCCACUUUCGACGACCUACUGCAGGAGGUCGACCCAAUGGCUAUCCGGAAGGUUAUAAAGGGUUCGCUCAUGAAGGACGAUUUCUCAAAUAUCUCUCUGGAUACUAUGCUUGGAAACCUUAUAAGAAUCGCGACUGCAUACCAGACCGGCCCCAAAAUAUUAUAAGGCAUUAUUGUGACCAAGUAGUGCCGCCUGGCGAUGGUGAGAACGAACCAAUCGAAGAUAAGAAUGUGAUCUCAUUCUUAGAAUAUUGCCCUGGUAUUGUGAUCACUCUUACGCCCGAGGAUCAGACUCGGUAUUAUGACUUAGAUGUCUUCGAUAAGAAUAAUGUUGAGUUCAUUGAAGAGAUUGAUAUAUGGAUCAUCUUUAGGCAGUUUGUGAGGAUGAUUAUGAUGAUGGAGUGUGGCAGUGAGAUUCCGAGAGAUUCUCGUCAGAGGCGGUCUUUUUGGGAUUCACGGAACGUGGAGAUAUGUCAUUACGAUAUUCAGCCAAGCAAUAUAUUGAUUGGAUAUAAGAAUCAUCAGAAAGACCGUGUUCCGGUACUUAAACUAUGCGAUUUCGGGGACGCGCUCGAGGUUCCUCAGUAUAUUGCACAACAACGUGCCGGGAGGUAUACUUGUCCAAUCCAAAGGAAUGGCCGACCGGGCUACCAGGCUCCCGAACAACUCAUCCCUGACACAGAGCAUGUACAUCCAGUCCGCCAUGGCUCAUGUAGCAACAUAUUCCAAUUUGCGAACAUUAUCCGUCUUCUCAUGCACGGAGGAAACUUUGCUCAACAUGAGAUGCAUCCCGAAGAUCCAGCUUGGUGCGACGAUUACUUUGGAGAGUAUAGUAACCGGGCUCCAAGGACGUACGGAUACUCUCUGUCAGAGGGCAAAAGCAGAGUAAAUAAACCUGGAGCUAAAGGAUACAGCGAACAAUUAAUAAAGCUCGUCCAAGACUGCAUGAAGGAAAAGCCCGAACUUCGACCCCGUCCCAUAAAUCUCUUUCACUAUGUCAACGACCAUUUUCAUGACUGCGACCAAGCUUUCAACGACCCCGAUUACCCCGGACCAGGGAAAGAUGAUCUGCACCGCGAAAAGCCAGCUCACAAACCCAAUGCACCUAUAAUCAAAUACCCACCCAGGCAUGCCCUCUUCGCCCUCGCAACACUAGCCCCCCCUCAUUUCCGCACCCCGCAACCCGGCUGGGAGGGAGACCUUUCCGAACACUACGACGUUGAAGAUUUCAAGUGGCCGCCCACACCCCGCACCCUAACCCCAGAGUGGCCGCGCGCACACCAAUACGACGAGGACACAAUCUACAACGGCGACGAUCUGCCCGAACACGAACACAGCGUGUAUCCGCGCUCGCAGCCGCAGGUUCCGGAACGAUACCCGCAUGGUCCGCCCAUGAUCGAUCAGAGACCCAGUGUGAAUAUUCCGGAUCGGAGAAUCGAGGCCCCAGGUGCUAUUGCGAGGAAUUUGGGCCUUUUGAAGUAUUAUGAUCGCUUGGGUCAUAUGUGGAUGGGUGAGGAGAAUUAUUGGAAAAUGUUGGAGGCGGGCUUGGAUCCCGAGACGUAUAAUUGGGGGAUGAGGAUUCCGGAUCCUGAAAUGGAUGAGGAUGAGGAGGCUUUGAGCGGGCCGGAGGUUGGGGAGUGA